AUGGCCCAACGCGACAACUACACGUUUGAAAACCACGCUUCCCUACCGGCUGGCCUAGGUGGCACCCUCGCCAGCUACUUCCGGUCAUGGGACGACCCGCACUCCAACAACGAGUACCUCGAUCUGUUCACGCCCGACAGUGAACUCGUCUUCGGCCCGACCCCUGUCAAGGGCAAAGACGAGAUCCGCGCCCUCCGCGAGGCCAUGGUCCACCCGAUGAACGGGCCCGUCGUCGACCUCGAGCAUGCCUUCAAAAAGUGUUUCGUCCUCGCGGGGCUUACUCACGAAGCGCCCGAGGUCAUCAUCAACGGCACCGUAUGGUUCAAGUUGAAGAACGGGCGGCGGGUCGACGCCGAUUUCGCCAGCUGGAUCGUCUUCAAGAGGCGGGGGGAGGAGCUACAGGCCGUGUUUUACAAGGUGUACAUUGACGCGGCGGAGUUGCAGGCUGCGAUCAAGGAGAUGGUCGCUGCCGAGCAGUAG